GCUGACGGAUCGCAGACGCGUUUGCUGUAGCUUAAAAGAGGCAUAGCCUUCCGGAUUGGCUACAAGCUGAGUCUGAAACGUCUUCUUCGAUCAUUGUGGCAGCAGUAGAAUGUGUCACCGUGGGAAUGUGUCUGUUUGUCGGCAACAUCCAUUUACGGGUUCACUGCAAUUUUUCUGAAUACGACAUUUCCAUUUGUGUUGCAAGAAUGCAGACGCUUUGCUACGUGUUGGUACUAUUACUUGCAGGUUUUUUUGAAGGAAGUACCUGGAAAAACAGCGUCGCUGAUGAACAAAAGCUCCUACAAAACAUUUUUGGUGGCAUAAUGGAGGAUAACUUCCCACUGAAGGAUAUUUACUUCACUCUCCUCCCAGACGGAGUACCAAAGAAUAGUACAUUGUACCGUUUCAACCUAACGUACGGCAAGAUCGUCAACAUUGGCAAACUACUCACGCCCAAAAAAGAGACCUGCAGAUUGGACCUUACGGAUAAUGCAGUGAAUGCAGCAUGCGAAUUUAACCUCAAAAACGCAGAAGUUCACUACGACGGCGCGAUGUCCUAUGGAAGAGACGUACAGGAGAGGUUCAGUCUCUACGCUUUCAUAACUGAGUUCCCUUUCGGAGAUCACAUUAACCCUGCUUCGCUGAAGAUAAUAGUCUUGUUCAAACCUGGUGGAUCCGUAGAUAUACGGCAGUGCCUUAUUACGAACUUCCUGCUCAGUACGGUGACUUUUCCUCCAUUCUGGAAAUUCAACUAUCCCCCAUUUAAGAAGAACGAGAAUCUCGCAGUAGCCGUAUGGAACGAGUUUGAAGUCAAAAUGUUCACUCAUGUUAGACUUACAGUCAUGAAUGCUACAAAAGAUACUUGUAUCGAGGAACUGAACAAGAAAACAAUAUCUACAAAUACUUGAAAUCGAAGGAAUAAACGUUUACUGGAAUUGCAAAGGGCUUUCCUGGGCAGAAUUAUCUGCUACAUCGGUAGUUUGCGACCUACACUAGGUCCAGAUGAUGUAAAUAUUCUAGUUAAUGUCGAGCGCCAUUUUCGCUUAUGCAAUUGUGCCUGUUGCUUGCGGACACAAGUGCGCAUGCACAAGUGCGUGGUGACGUGUAACAAGAAAAUGGUCCGCUAGUGUUUCUCAAGUCACAUGAUUUUUAUCUUUCUUGCACUAUUUUCUAAGCAAGAAACGCAGACACAGCCCAAAAUGGCAUUUCAGUAUU